AUGGAGCAGCCAGAUGCAGCCAGCCAGCCAGCCAAACCCGACGGGGAGAGGGAGCAGCCCCGCAGCCUCCCCUACUCCCUGGAGACGCCGUAUGGCUUCCACCUGGACCUGGACUUCCUGAAGUACGUGGACGACAUCGAGAAAGGCAACACCAUCAGAAGGGUUCACAUCCACCGCAAAGCCAAGCAGCCGAAAUUCAGCCCCCUGCCCCGAAACUUCAGCCUUCCUGAGAACAGCUCCCGCAGCUGCACCUCUGCUCCCAGCAAGAGCUGGACGGCGACCUGCUCCUUCCCCCAGCGAAAGGCUUGCUCGGCCGGGGGCGAAGCGGCCUCGCCGGGUGCCCUCCAGCUCGCAGGGGAGGACACGAACCCUGGGGAGAGGGAGUUAAGCGUGAGCGAAACCACUCCGAGCGUGCCGGAGAGAGGUGAGGAGAGCAGCGUCCGGGCUGGAGAGAGCAUGGAGAGCUGCGGUCCUCAGGCUGGUGAUGCUGGAGAGCCCGGCGGGGUUGCCGCGCUGAAACAGCAGAUCGCUGCUCUGGAGGAGCAGCUGGGCAAGAAGAAAGAAGAGCUCGAGCAGGUCAGGGCGGUUCUGGAGCAGCAGGAUCACGAGAUCAAGGAGAAGGAGAAAAGCAUCAAGUUACUGGCCAGCUCCAAAGCUCUGCAAGAAGAGAAGCUGUGCCGGGAAGACACCACAGAGGCCAAGCCACCGUCCCGGCGGAGCGGGGAGGCUUUGCAGUGCUACGAUGCUGCGGUGAACACCGACCUCUCGCAGGUGUCUGGGGCCAAGCAAGCCCAUGAUAAAGGCAUCAAUGUAAAUAUCCCAGUCUCCACCAAAUCCGUAGGAUGCGGCGUCCGCAGAGCAGACAACGUGAACGUGCAGGCGACGGUGAGAGAUCAGGGACUGGCAGACACUCGCACCGGACCCGGACAUUCUGGUGAAGCCGACGUUGAAGCUGGCCUUCAAGCACCGUGCUUCACCCAGCUGAAGAUCGAUGAGCACCUCGGCGAUGACAAUCAAAAUCACAGGAACAACUACGACACCCAGAAUCUGGCUGCUCGCGCGGUGACUGCAGAAGGCUAUCGAGGAACAAGAAUUGGCUCAAACACAGGAGAAAACAAGGCAGGCUUUGGCGAAGACAAACCUCGAGAUGGGCUGGAAGGGGAAGGUCCCCCUGACCACGAGGAUCUCCCUGCUGUUGACCCCAUCGGCCAAUACGUAAAAAAAAUCCAGGAGCUUUUGCAGGAGCAGUGGCUGUGUUUGGAGCACGGCUACCCCGAGUUAGCGAGCGCUAUUAAGCAGCCGGCCUCCAAGCUCAGCUCCAUUCAGAACCAAUUAGUUAAUUCCUUAAACUCGUUGCUGUCUGCCUACUCUACGCAAGGGCCCGCGGAUAAGGAGAAUUCGAACACACACUAUCAACAGUUGGAAAUCUCUCCAACCACAAGUCUUAAAUCUAUCAUGAAAAAGAAAGGUUAUGGUUUCCAUGCAGGAGGCAAUGGGACCAAAAAGAAUCUCCAGUUUGUUGGGGUAAAUGGUGGCUAUGAAUCGACUUCAAGCGAAGACACAAGUUGUGAAGACAGCCCGUCGGACGGCGACGUGGAGAGCGAGACGGAGAGGAGAGCUGAUGAUUUGGAGCCCGCACAGGCGAAAGCUGGAGGUGAAAAUGAGGGGGCUUCGCUGGAGACAUCCUCGCAGGAGAGACGUGAGGACGACGACCUGCAGGAGCCAUUGGCAGAAGCAGCGCCUUGCGCUCAGCGCGAGGCGGACAGAUGCAAACCCUCUGAAGAUUUCCUUGCCGGCUGCCAGCUACUCAGCCAGCACCUCUCAGAAAUCAGGACCACAAGCGACGAGCAUCUGCGGCACGUCCUGAGCACCGUGUGCCAGGAGUGGUUCCGGGUGUCGAGCCGCAAGUCUUCCAGCCCGGAGGUGGUCGCAGCGUAUCUCAAGGCGCUGGGGGCCACCCAGCCCCAGCUCCUGGCCAUGGUGGUGAACCUGGCCGACAGGAACGGCAACACGGCUCUGCACUACAGCGUUUCCCACUCCAACUUCCCGAUUGCAAAGCUCCUGCUAGACACAGGUGCCGCGGUCCGAAGGAGCAGGGCGGUGGGAGGCCGGCGGGUGAGGGGUGCUCAGCCUUUCCCUCUGCGGUUGCAGGGAGGCCAGACCGCCCUGAUGCUGGGCGUCAGCCACGAGCGGGACGACAUGGUGCGAGCCCUGCUCUCCUGCCGGGCCGACGUCAACCUUGAUGCAGGGAUUCGGGCGGUCACGUCUUCUCCUCGUCCCUCCCCGCAGGGCGGUAACUCGGCCCUGUCGCUGGCCCAGCGCGCUGCCCGGGGGGGCAUCGCCGCGCUCAUGCGAGCCCACGCCGCGCAGAGCCCGUCCCUCUCUGCGUGA